AUGCUUCAUGCAAUGCAGCGCAGCGCUUGGGGAGCAUCGACCACCGCCAACCAAAUCAGAUGCACAUUCACCGUUUCAGCCCUUGCUGUGCCGCAAUCCCACCUGGGCAAUUCUACACAUAAAUACCCCGUCCCCUACCAUCCCAUCUCCCGAUUCCCCAAUCCGCCAUCCAAGUAUAUCACACACUGCAACCAAAUGGACAUCAUUACCGCCAUCCUCUCCUGCCUCACAGGGGACUCCGAACCCAACCGCCCCCACGCAGCCUCCAACCCUUCCGUCGCCUCCGACAUCCUCACCAUCCUCCUCACCUCCCCCGACCAGCCCGCCGUCCAAAAGCAACUCAACGAGCUCAUCCACCCCGCAAACUGGACCGAGUCUCUCGCCCGCGCCAUCCUCCACGGCCUCGAAGACGCCAUCCGCACCGGAAAACAGGUCGGCGGCGCCGCGGCCGACGCGCUGCAGCGCGCAACCAGCGCGGCCUACGAGUUCGCAAAAGAGCACCCUGUCUACACAACGAUCCUGGCACUCGGGGUGCUGGUGAUCCUGGCGCCGUGGGUGAUCGAGGUGCUGGGGUUUGGGGAGCUCGGGCCUGUGGAGGGCUCAUUUGCGGCGUGGUGGCAGAGUCUGUAUGGGGAUGUGCCGGCUGGGGCGGUGUUUGGCUAUUUUCAGCGGUUGGGCAUGCUUUGGAAGCGCUGGGGUAAAGGUCUGGGGGUUUAA